AUGGGAGCCUAUGAUGACGUGGAUGGAUAUCUGGAAGAAGAGGAAUCGCCAGAGCAAAAGAAUGAACUCAUGAUAUCUCGGUCUGCUAUGGCUGUCAUGAAUAUCGUAUGCCUUGAUCAGCAGCCCUGGAGAGUCAAUUUGGGUUCGCUGGCUGUUAGUCAGGCCUUUUUGAGAUUCGCAUCGCACCUUGACCUGAUAGCCCCUAAAUCAAGACGUGAGGCUCAGUGGAAGGCUGGUGAGAAAUGA